AUGAAAAAGAAAGAAGUCUACACCAACGUCACCCCCCUCCCCUCCUUCAUCCCCCGCCAGCUUGCCAUCGACAUCCUGCACAGUCACAGCGAGAUCAUCACCCUGAAUCCCCUCGUGCUCGAACACCACCCCAUCCCCGCGCCUCGCGAUGCCCCUGCCGACGAAUACUACUCCACCUGGUACGAGAUCACCGAGCGCAUCCAAUACGUCCCCGGUCUGGGCAAGAUCGGCUCUGGCAAGAUCAGCUUUCGCGGGUGCUUCCACGACGUCCCGUGGGGACUGCAGACGCACAUCUACGCUCCCCUGGGCGUCGACUUGCGCAAUAACUGGCGCGUAGCUGGCAACCAGCCCGGCGAGCCGCCGGAGCCUCGGGAGCUGGGCAUCGGUGCCCCCGCGGAUGGCCUCUACCUGCGCGAGGACAUCGAGAUCAAGUGCAAUGUGACGCUAGUGUCGUUUGUCAAGGCGCAGCUCAAGGCGUCAACCAAGGUGCUGGUGGAUCGGUUGAUCAAGAAGGCAGAGCUGCUGGAUGCGGGCAUGCUGCAGGCCAUGAUGGACAAUAAUGGCAAGCUGAAGACCAUCAAUCCGGCCGAUCGGUCGGAGGAGUCGAAGCAACGGCAGCGGCAGCUGCUGCAACGAUCGCAGUCGAUUUCUUCCCAGGGGUUGCAAUACCCGGCAUCUCCCACGGUUGGCGAUUAUAAUCGCCCGGGGACAGCUGGCGAGCAUACUCCCCUCCAGUACCGAUCGAUCAUGAGCCCGGGUCCCAUCGCCAUGGAGCUCCCGGGCGAUAUGCAUUACCAUCAGCAGCAGCAGCAGUCGCCUUACUCCCCCAAGCAGACGAUGUUCCUUUCCUCCGACCGAUCCGACAGCAAUAACACCGCCAGUAGUAGCGUGUGGUCGUCCGACUACCAGCAAUGGCUCAGCUCGCGGCCAACAUCCUAUUCCUGCUCCGAUACCAGCGGGUUUCGCUCUCCGGGGCUAGGAGUAGGAAUCGAUCAGAAGACAUAUUUUGCGGCUGAAUUGCCUGCGAUGUCAGAGAGCAGAGAGGAGCAAGCAGCGAUGCCCAAACCGAAACCUCUCGAUGUGAAAUCUGCCAGUGGGAGGGAUCGACGUCUGUCGAGCCGUUGA